UGAAAUCACACUGAACUAAUAACAUCUCUUGAAUUUUCAUUACAAGAAUGAUAAAGUACCAAGAGUAAAAAUGCUGGAAGGAGCAAGGUGUCUUCCACCCAGGCUGACCUUCUUCAUUUCUGUGCUUUAGUAAUCUGCUCUUGACAGCUCAAGCCAGCUUUUUUUUUUAACCUCUGUUUACAGCAGAUGCUACUUGGUUUUUCAUGUCUCUCAGUUAAGGGAGGAAUGAGCCCACUUGGACUUACCCCUUCAGUUCAUAGAUCUGUUUCAUCUCGGCUACUGAGACUUAGCGUCUUUCUACUACUUAGUCUCCCUGACUCCAAAGGAAAAGCAAUAUGGACAGCUCAUCUGAAUAUAACAUUCCAGGUGGGAAGCCAGAUCAUAUCAGAGCUAGGAGAGAGUGGAGUGUUUGGGAACCACUCUCCUCUGGAGAGGGUGUCUGGUGCCGUGGUACUUCCUGAAGGAUGGAAUCAGAAUGCUUGUAAUCCCUUGACCAACUUCAGCAGGCCUGAUCAGGCUGACUCGUGGCUGGCCCUCAUUGAACGAGGAGGCUGUACUUUUACGCAUAAAAUCAAUGUGGCAGCAGAGAAGGGAGCAAAUGGGGUGAUCAUCUAUAACUAUCCGGGUACAGGCAACAAGGUGUUUCCCAUGUCUCACCAGGGAACAGAGAAUAUCGUUGCAGUGAUGAUCGGCAACCUCAAAGGCAUGGAGCUUUUGCACUUGGUCCAGAAAGGUGUCUAUGUGACAAUCAUCAUUGAAGUGGGGAGAAUGCAUAUGCCAUGGCUGAGCCACUAUGUCACGUCUCUGUUUACCUUCCUGGCAGCUACGGUUGCUUACCUCUUCCUGUACUGUGCCUGGAGACCCCGAGUGCCUACUUCUUCCACCAGGAGGCAAAGACAGAUAAAGGCUGAUGUGAAGAAAGCUAUUGGUCGGCUGCCUCUUCGAGUGCUCAAGGAAGGGGAUAAGGAGCUAGAUCCCAAUGAAGACAACUGUGUUGUUUGUUUUGAUAUAUACAAAGCCCAAGAUGUAAUACGUAUUUUAACUUGCAAACAUUUUUUCCACAAGACGUGCAUUGACCCCUGGCUUUUAGCCCAUAGGACAUGCCCCAUGUGCAAGUGUGACAUUCUGAAACCUUAAAAAGUCCAGAGCUCUUUCCACAGAUGAAAAUUAGAUGAAAACUCUCACUGCAUUGUACACACAGAGAAAACUUGACCCUUGGUUCCUCUAUCCAGCCGCAGAAGAUGGAAUUUGUGUGCUUUGAAAAUAAAACUCCAUAUCGUGCCCAUGAAAUCUUGUCUUUUUU